AUGUCCCCCACUCACCCUCUCAGCCAUCAUCUACGUCCUCUCUUCUCAUUCUCGCUGCACUCUAACAUGGUUUCUCAUCUGUCUUCCCAAUGUUUCCUGUUUGACUUUAGGUCACUUGCCUUCCUGGUAAAGCCAAGAAGUCUUCAGAUCAAUCCUGAUAAUUCCAAGGCCUAUAAAACUAAAUUGGCGACAACAAAGGAAAUAUUUGAAACCGUCCAACUAUAUACAUCUCCCUUCAAUCAGCGAUCUGUAUGGGCUUUUGAAAAGUGGUGCUCGACCUACAGCGUAUCAUCUUUAAAAGCAAAGCGAGCCAGAAAUUCAAAUAGUAGAGAAGGACAGCUUUAUAUAUUAGGUGAUACUUGUUAUGCUAGCUAUGUCCGCAAGUCCCCAUCUGACGUGGAUUUAGAAACAAGGUCGAAACUCUUACAAAAAAUGGUUGACGAUCUGCUUGACCGCUCCCUUGUUGAUAAAGUUUAUGUUUCAGUAUCUAGUCUUACAUCUUCGCCGUUUAACGAAAGGGACUUAAAAGAUUGA